AUAUGCUAUUGUGGAAUUUCUUGGAGUGGGUGAAAUCGAAGUUGUGCCUGGGUCUUGGGUCAGAGACAAUGUGUGCAUGUGGCCGAAGGCACCGGCGGAAAAAGUUAAAGCCCUCAUCAGAAGGAACCAGCCCUGCGGAUACUCGCCACCGUGGCAGAGCUACAGUGUGCGUGUAAAGGGACUUUUCUCCACAUAUGACGAUGCACGAAAAAAACUAGACCUCUGUCAGUAUACGUCGGACCUGGCUGACGAUGAGCUGCCGCAGAAGAGACGGAGAACCGCCAAAAGUGUGUGGGAGCCGUGCGUAGAGUCAUCAAGCAGCGCGCCUGAUCAAGACAGUGAUGUAUCACUUCCGACAGUACCGACAAGCUUUCCCCAAGCAUGCUGUGCUUCCAGGAGUGAGGAAGCAGAACCUCUGGCGAGGCAGUGUUCCAGCGCCGAACAGAGACCGUCUGGCCAGCAGUCAAGUUCUCAGCGUUGCAACCUUGAAAUUACAGGGCAUACUUCCUCUCGGCCGGCUGCCUCCCCGGGGCCAUCUGUGACAUCUGAGCCAUCUGGCCUGAAUGCUCUCCCAGAACGAGAAUUUCAGGGUCAAGUGCUCAGAACUUUGAACAUCAUAAAACUAACCGUACAGCAGAUAGCAAGCUCCAUCGACACGUCACUUGCCGCUUGUAGAACUGCCUCAGCACCUGCUCCGCUAGUCUCAAGCCCCUUCGAAGAUGUGGAUGCCUUGAUGGAGUUCGAAGAGUCACUUACUAAGGAAAAUGAAGACGUCCUGAUCAGCGAGCUGAUGCAGCUUGGUGGCGUGAACCCAAACAUCGCAGUGAAGCGCAUACUCAUAUAUCUUUUUGCUGACUCCUUGGCUGCCCAGUUUUCAUGGCAUGGCAAGAAAGGGAAAAGGAAAUUUUCAGAACUCAAACUGUGCCAGUGCCUGUUCAGUGCCAUUAGGAAACGUUUUCCAAGCAGUACAAGGGACGACGUCGAGAGCAGUGCGAAGUCAUGGCUCCGCCACGCCCCAGAGAGGGCUAAUGGCAAAGGCAGCGAAAAUUGAAAACAGUGUUGUCAAGUUGCAGACCUCAACUCCAAGACAAAAGUGUGAUGCAGGCAACUUGUCGCAGACCUCAACUCCAAGACAAAAGUGUGAUGCAGGGGACUUGUCGCAGCCUUCAUCAAAAGCGUGGAGCAUAAUCUCAUGGACACCACCGCCAUCUCGUUGUUGACUCUGCUUCUCAUUUCUUCUCAUCUGCCAACUUUGUCAUCACUACAAGUAACAUUCCUAAAUUUUGUCGCGCAUUGCUGUAGGCACGAGCUCUUGAGCCUGGUCAUUGCCAUUUUUUUGUAGUUCUGACCGCGAUACCACAGUGGCAGAUACUGCAAGAUUUUAGCCACCAUAACUUAACGCCAAUUCAACCUAUAUGGCGGUUUUUUACGGUAUUUUUUAUAAUUGUGUUCUAGGUCAUAAGUUCAUAUGCCACAAGUAACAUUGAACCUUGCAAUGUGAGGUAUCCAUUGUUGACAGCUGAGAUAAAGUUUUACGUGUGUUUCCAUUAUAUAUUCAGGACCUGCAGCUUUUAAAUGAACCUCCAUCUCAUUGUUUUUUGUGUGUAUGUCACAGCUGUGUUCCUCUCGGACUACUCUUUUCGUGUUACUUGCUUUGGUCAGCAGAUAAGAGUCGUGCUGACAAUAAAAGCAGUGCUCGAUUUCUGCAAGGUUCUGUACUGAGUUUUACAAGUUUCUAGUCUUCCAUAUGGCAAUAACCAAACAUAAAUAAUUGAUAAAAUAACCACACUGCUGUAAUUAAUAUGUCUUAUCGGGAUGACCAAUGAGCACGGGCUCAGGGCGAAAUGUAAGCCUAAAAUAGAAGUUGAUUGCAAGCAAAACUCGGAAGAGAAGUUUAAAAAAAAAGGGUAGAUCAGUCUGAUAAGUGCAAAUCAUUAUUUUUUUGCUAGAUUUAUCUUUGCACUCAUUUCUCAUCACUGGCUGUGUGUUGCUAGCUGUGUUCUAAGUCAUGAGUGAAGUUUAAGUGCAAGUGCUAUUGAUUUCUACUGUGCAGUGCGUUCUUAAUGAUAGCUGUGAUCUAGUUCAGUAUUCAGAGUUGCAGAUUUUAAGUGAACCUUUAUCUUCUUGUUUUAUUUGUGUCACAGCUGCGUUACUGUCUGACAACUGUUUUGAUGUUCCUAGAUUUUUUGGAGGUGAUCCUUGUACCUACUCUCUUAACAGUGUUCGAGUACCACAAGCUUGUGGGCCGAGUUUUUGAACUUUCUAGUCCUGUUGUAGCGUUUUUCAUUCUGGAGUGCUGUUCUCUAAUAAAAUUUACUAUAUUUUAAACGUUUCUUUUCCUCACAAUUGUACAGUAAUGAACUGUGAAACACAAUUGAACAUGUUCACUGAUGUGGCAACACUAUAUACAGACCCUUGUGUGUGUGUGCGUGUGUUUGCAUGCAUGCAUGCAUAUGCAGGUAGCGCCUAAGAAGCACGGACAUAUAUGCAUUCAUGAGGCCGAAUUGAGGUGCGUAUGAUGGGCAGAA